CGCCGCAGCGCCGAGGGAGCUGGAUGGUGUGAAGAGAGGAGCUGCUGGCCUUUCCUGGGCGCUUCCAGCGAGGCAGCACCAUGCUGGCCCCAAAGAAAGGCCUCCUGUGCAACCUCAACCACAUCCACCUGCAGCACAUCUCCCUGGGGCUGCACCUCUCCCGGCACCCCGAGCUCCAGGAUGGCUCCACGGGCGGGGGGGAGCAGACAGGCUGCACCCAGUGCCCGGAGAACCGGGAGCCAGUGGAUGCCAAUUCCAACAAUCCCUCGGUGAAAUGCCGCUGCUGCGAGUCCCACGCUCCGGAGCCGGAGACGCUCGGGCUGCAGAACCCUGAGGAUUUCCCCUGCCUGCACAGCGGAGACGAGGAGGAGGCGGCUUCCCCUUGUGAUCCCCCUUGUGAUCUGGCUUCUUCCUCAUCCUCCUCCUCCUCCUCUGUCAGUAGCUGCUCGGAUUUCAGCUUGGAUGACUCCCCGGUCUCGGUGUACUGCAAGGAGUUCGCCAGAGCAGAGUCCCAGUCCCCUGACAAGCAGCUGAACGUCAUUCCCACAGAAAAUGCCUGGCAUGGAGAGUCCCUGGCUGAUAGAGAGCCCCUGGCUGAUGGAGAGUCUCUGGGUGAUGGAGAGUCUCUGGCUGACCAGCACAGGACAUGCCAUGGCAGAGAUGCCAACCACAACUCCCCGGUGCCCCCGAGAGCCACCAAGAGCUCUGUGGCCAGCAAGAGCCCAGACAGCCUCUGCAGCAUCAACUCGCUCGAUUCUCACUGCGAUGAGCUGUCUCCCAGCUCAGCAGCACCGGAGACCACCGGCACCUGCACCGACCUAGACCCCAACUGCAACCCCCUCCCCGAGCCCGGUGCCGCGCCCCCGGCCCCGCCGCCCGUGCCGGAACGGAGGGAUGCCGGUAUCCCGAGCAGCGCUCCGGAGCCGCGGCCCCGGCCCGGCGGGGUCCCUCCCCCGGUGCCCCCUCGGCCCCGGCGGCGGCUGCAGGUGCUGAACGCGCACAGAGCGGAGCAGCAGCUCGGGCCAGAGCCCAAGGCCGGCUCUGGUGAGCUCUGCAGAGACGCGGCCACCAAGACCAUCACCUCCUUCCACGAGCUGGCCCAGAGGAGAAAGAGGAACGCGGCUGUGCCCGCACCCGCCCAGGCCAGGGUUGACCGCAGUGACUGGCUGAUCGUGUUCUCGCCUGACACGGAGCUGCCCCCAACCAGCGAGCUGCUCUCGGGCACGGCGGGCCCGGAGCCAGCGCGGCCCCAGCCCCAGCCCCAGCCCCAGCCCCAGCCCCAGCAGGACGGGCCAGCCAGGCCUCCCGGCCCCAGGCAGAGAGAGGUGACCACGUUCAAGGAGCUGCGGUCCCGCAGCGCCGCCAGGCAGCCCAAGGGCCAGCGGGCAGAGCCGGCCCAGCACCCCCCGGUGCCCCCGGGGCCCCGGCCCCGGCCGCUGGGGCCGGGGCCCGUGCCCCCCUCCGGGGGGACACCGGGUCUGGCAGCCAGCGACGGCCACCAGCCGAGGAGGAGAGCCCGGCCAAGCCUGCAGCCCAUCGCGGAGGGGGGAGCCGCACGGGGGGUGCCCGAGCCGCUCCCCGCCGGAGCCGCCGCCGGAGCCGCCGCUGGAGCCGCCGCUGGAGCCGCCGCUGGAGCCGCCCGGCCCGGCGGGGGAAGAGCGGAGGAGCCCCAUGGCGAGCAAACGAAAGCGCUGCUGGUCGCCGUCAGCUCGGCUGUGGACAAGGUCAUCGCCCACUUCAGCACCGCACGGAACCUGGUGCAGAAGGCCCAGCUGGGGGACAGCCGGCUCAACCCCGACGUGGGCUACCUGCUGCUGCACACCCUGUGCCCUGCGCUCUACGCCUUGGUGGAGGACGGGCUGAAGCCUUUCCAGAAGGAUGUUAUCACAGGCCAGAGGAAAAAUUCCCCCUGGAGCGUGGUGGAAGCAUCUGUGAAGACAGGCCCCAGCACCCGCUCCCUGCACUCCCUGUGCUGGCACGUGGCCGGGCUGGCCCCCCUCAGCAGCAGCAGGCAGAAGUUCCACGCCUUCAUCCUCGGCCUUCUGAACAUUAAACAGCUGGAGCUGUGGAUAUCUCACCUGCAGAAGAGCCCAGGUGUGAUCUCCGUGCUUUACUCACCCACGGCCUUCUUUGCCCUGAGCCAAGGCCCUCUCCCCCACCUUGCUGACGAACUCCUGCUGCUCAUCCAGCCCCUCUCGGUGCUGACUUUCCACCUGGACUUGCUCUUUGAGCACCACCACCUCUCCGUGGACGUCCGGCCCUUGUCCCGCCGGCUGCAGUCCCCACUGUCCCCCGUCCCUGUGCGGGGGUCUCUGGGGGGCCAGGGCGGUGCUGCUGGGCACAGCCUGGAGGAUGAGACGCCCCAUGCUCUGGGCAGGGUGGGGGGCACAGGGGGCCGGUCCCAAGCGACCAUGGGUGGGUUGGUUCCUGCCCCACCAGUGGGAGCUGCCCUGCAGCAAACGCUGCAGCACGUGCUGCGCUGGGGGGACCAGCUCAGCCGCACCUUGCUGGGCUCCGACACCCCCCAGCAGAGCCACGGGCCUCAGGAGGGCACUGGGGGCACUGGGGCUGGCCUCAGUGGCUGGUGGGGCCAGCUGAGCCAGAGCUCCAGGAUUUACACUGCUCCCAGCAAGGAAAAGUCCCCCUCGGUCUGGUGGACGAAGCUGCGGGCGGGGGAGCCCAGCCCGGGCCAGGCUGGGCAAUCCCAAAUUUCCCUGAGUGAGCCCAGAGCCACAGAGCUGCAGCUCCUCCAGACCAAAGCUGGCCCUGAACGCUCUGGCCCAAAGCCCAGCAGCAGCACUGACACCUCAGGGACCUCUUCCCCUGAAGAUCUCUUCUUGCCCGCUGGAACCGGAGCGUUCGCCAAGCUGGAUGAUGCCACUGCUGGAAAGAACCUCCUGGCUGCUCCCCCGGAGCCUCCUGCCAGCAGGAACCAGGCAGCACCUUCUGGCCCAGAGACGGCUGAUCCUCCCACUGCUGACAAGGGCAGCUGGCUGGGCUGGCUCUUUGGAGCCACCAACCCCUCAUCCAGGAGCUUCCCCUCCAGCCCUGACACCGCCUCGGCCAGGUGCAGGAGGCCGUCCCGCUGGCUGGCCCCCAGCCCCCGUGUCCUGGCCGGGGUGGUGAAGGGGCUGGCGCCCGACAGGAGCCGCGCCCCGGAGCGGCCGCCGGGCAGCACCGAGCCCGCCCUGCCCCCGGCCCGCAGGGCAGUCCGGGCACUGUGUGACCACACGGGCACGGCCGACGGGCACCUGAGCUUCCACAAAGGGGACAUCCUGGAGCUUCUCUCCACCGUGGAUGAAGACUGGAUCCGCUGCUGCCAUGGCAACAGCACCGGCCUCGUUCCUGUUGGUUACACAUCCCUGAUCUUAGCUUCACCACCUCCGGGGCUGGCGGCUCCCAGGGGACCCUGCCCUGUGCCUGUCACUGCUGCAUGAGGUCACCGUCUGCCACCGUGUCCCCCGGCUCCUCUUGGGCAGCUCGGGGGUCCCUCAGCUGCUGCCCACCCCCGUGCCAGGGCAGGGACGGCUCCUCUCCCUGCCCCGUGUCGCCUCCGUCCGUCCGUCCGUCCGUCUGUCCCGCCACCGCUGCCACCUCCGUGUGCCCCACAGGGGCCCAGGCCGGUCCCCCCAGCACUCUGUAAAUAAUUAUAACCACUGGAAUGAGCUCGUUCCACCGGGAAAAAAGCUGGAAAUAAAGGUUGUGACU